AUGUCUGCCGACGCUGCUCCCAUCUCCCCUCCUGCUCCCGUCGAAUCCCAUACCAACGGUAAUGGUCCUACCAAAGAGAAGGUGGAGGGUGUCACUAACGGUACAACCGAGAACAAAGCCAAGGAUGCUGCUCCUGCUACAAAGGACGUGAAGGAGAACACCAAGGAGGCUUCAACCCAGGAACAACCCAAAGAUGAAGAUGUCAACCCUACUGAAGCGGAAGGGGAAGAUGAAGCACCUACAGCGAAUGAUCCUAAGGGAAAGGGAAAGGGAAAACGUGAAGCCAGCCCUGAAGUUCCAGAAGAGAAGAAAGCUCUGGAGGAGGAAGAUGAAAAUGACGAAGAUCUGAUAGUACCAGGACGGAGGAAGCGAGCAAGAGUCAAUUACGCCUCUGCCGAGGCACUGGAGAAGGCUGGAUUAAAGCCUGAAGAGGAGGACGAAGAGGAUGACGAGGUCAACCCGGAUCAUCUGCCCGCUUCCGAAGAUCAGGAUGAUGAUGAGGAGAACGAGGAGGAUGGGAAUGAAGAUGAAGAAGAGGCGGAAGAUGAGGAUGAGGGUGAUGAUGAUGAUGAAGAAGAAGAAUGA